AUGCCUGCGUACCACUCAACGUUUCCCGUCGACCCACAAGCCGACCGUAUGGUGGGUAACGUGGUGCUUUUACCGCUGCGGACCAACUUUCGCGGCCCCGCAUACCAAGCCAACUCAGAUUACGAUAUCAUUGACGAAUGCCUAGACCUAUUCCGCGCCAACUCUUUCUUUAAAAACUUCGAAAUAAAGUCGCCCGCUGAUCGCGCCUUGAUAUACGGCAUCCUAUUUGUCAACGAGUGUCUUUCACAACUGAGACCCAACACUUCCUACAACGAGGCUCUGAAACUGCUAACUAAUGUUGCUCUCAACGAUUUCUCGAUUCCGGGGACUCCAGGUUUCCCACUAAACAACGUGUACUCAGUACCUGUGCAGAGCCACAGCGAAAUGGACCUUUUGAAGACAUAUAUUCAGCAGUUCCGCCAGGAACUAGCCUCAAGGCUCCUGGAAAGACUUUAUAGAGACUCCCAAGAAAAGCCCUCUAAGUUCUGGCUUGCCUUUACCCGCAGAAGGUUCAUGAACAAGUCCCUAUAA